AGCGUCCUUCAGCCGCGGGCUCUGGUCCGAUGACAGAUCCUUCCCACGGUAACACAGCGGACAUGGCCGCGUCCACCGGAGGAUCAUCCACCGCGGGCAUCCAAGGGUUCCCCAUCAUAACCGGCAGACCCCCGGAGGACAGCCCCGGUAAGGACCCGGAGCAGACCGGAGAACCGAAGAAAAAGCCGUGCAGGGCUUGUACCGACUUCAAGUCGUGGAUGAAGGUCCAGAAAACGCCACAGAUCCCAGCAGUAGCGCCACAGGCGGCCCAGGCUGAGCACGUGGAGCCCCAGCUACAGCCGGAGUGUCCGCUGGACAGGGAAGAGUUAGGGCGUAACACCUGGUCCUUCCUGCACACCAUGGCAGCUUACUACCCAGACCGGCCCUCCCCCAGACAGCAGACAGACAUGGGACAGUUCAUCAACCUCUUCUCUAAGGUCUUCCCCUGCGAGGAGUGUGCUGAGGACCUGCGCACAAGGCUGAAGACCAAUCAGCCCGACGCCAGUAGUCGCCACGCCCUCUCCCAGUGGCUGUGUGGCGUCCAUAACGACGUCAACGCUCGGCUGGGGAAGCACCAGUUUGACUGUUCCCGCGUGGAUGAGAGGUGGAGGGACGGUUGGAAAGAUGGCAGCUGUGACUGAUCAAUCCGUUGAUUCAUUACUAUACCUGGGAACUAAGAGAUACAGAAACACGUCUAUUGACAUCCUGUUUCCUGUAUGGUACCGUUUAGGGAACUGUAUGGCAUCUGAGACAGAGACUGUGUUCUGAUUGGCUACGGAUCUCUCUGCUCUGCACAGAUCUACAUGAUGGCUCACUAUCAAUCUGUUGUCCAGUGUCUUCAGAAAGUAUUCAGACCCCUGGACUUAUUCUACAUUUUGUUGUGUUACUGCCUGAAUUCAAAAUGGAUUACAUUGUUGUUGUUUUUCUCACCCAUCUACACAUAAUACCCCAUAAUGACAUCACAAUACCCCAUAAUGACAUCACAAUACCCCAUAAUGACAUCAUAAUACCCCAUAAUGACAUCACAAUACCCCAUAAUGACAUCACAAUACCCCAUAAUGACAUCAUAAUACCCCAUAAUGACAUCACAAUACCCCAUAAUGACAUCAUAAUACCCCAUAAUGACAAAAGUGAAAACAGGUUUUUAAAAAUGUUAUCAAAUGUAUUGAAAAUAAAAUACAGAAAUAUCUAAUUUACAUAAGUAUUCACACCCCUGAGUCAAUACAUGUUAGAAUCACCUUUGGCAGCGAUUACAGCUGUGAGUCUUUCUGGGUAAUUCUCUAACAACUUUGCACACCUGAAUUGCACAAUUUUUGUACAUUAUAUUUUGUGCAUGUUUUGGAAUACUCCCAGUGUCUGCUGGGAAACAGACUGAACCAGGUUUUCCUCUAGGAUUUUGUCUGUGCUUGGCUCUAAGCCGUUUCUUUUUAUCCUAAAAAACUCCCUAGUCCUUGCCGAUGACAAGCAUGCACAUAACAGGAUGCAGCCACCACCAUGCUUGACAAUAUGAAGAGUGGUACCUAGUGAUGUUGUGUU